AUGAAUUUCUUGGUACAAAGGAUUCGAGGGGAUGCUACCCGCCCUUUUCAACUUUAAUACUUGCCCGCGUUUUCCACAACCAAAGACACAAAUCGAAGCCAUCAAACCCAGCCAGAUGAUAAUAAGAACAAGAACAUGAAACUCAUCUCACUGUUUCGGAAAAACAUCUCUCACAUCCGAACCCUCCAAUCUAGAACUAUAUCUUCCUCGCAAACCCAUCACCAAUUUCCCCAAACCGACCAAACCCUUGCUUCAAUCUGCUCCAUCUCUUCAAACCCAUUUUUUUCCCUUCUGGGUCUCUGCAAAUCCGUCUCCUCUCUCCGAAAAACCCACUCCUUGCUCGUGGUUCACGGCCUCGCCUCCGACCUCCUCUUCCAAACCAAAUUGGUCAGCUUAUAUGGUUUUUUUGGCCGCAUCCAAAGCGCCCGCUUGGUGUUCGAUACAAUUCCCGAUCCGGAUAUUUAUUCGUAUAAAGUAAUGAUCAGAUGGUACUUCUUGAAUGAUUUGUACUUUGAACUUGUUGGGUUUUAUAACUGUUUGAGGAAAUGCCUCAGAGAAUGUGAUAAUGUUGUUUUUUCGAUAGUGUUGAAAGCGUGUAGUGAGUUGGGGGAUUUUGAUGGAGGGAGGAAGGUGCAUUGUGAGAUUGUUAAGGUAGGGAGUCCGGACGGGUUUGUGAUGACGGGUCUUGUUGAUAUGUAUGCCAAGUGCGGAGAGGUUGAAUAUUCUCGUGAGGUGUUUGAUGACAUUGUCGAUAGGAAUGUGGUUUCUUGGACGUCGAUGAUUGUUGGGUACGUGCAGAACGAUUGCAUAGAGGAGGGUUUGGUUUUGUUUAAUCAGAUGAGAGAUGGGUUGGUUCAAGGUAACCAAUAUACUUUCGGGAGUAUAGUCACCGCAUGCACAAAAUUAGGAGCAUUACAUCAGGGGAAGUGGGUUCAUGGGUGUUUGAUGAAGAAUGGUAUUGAAUUGAAUUCUUUCUUGGUUACUUCUCUGGUAGAUAUGUAUGUGAAGUGUCGAGCCAUCAGAGAUGCUCGGUCUCUAUUUGAUGAGCAUCAUGUGAUUGAUCUUGUCUCAUGGACAGCGAUGAUUGUUGGGUACACUCAGAAUGGCUAUCACGAUCAGGCAUUGGAGUUGUUUACAGACAAGAGAUGGAAAGUCAUUUUGCCCAAUGCUGUUACCACCGCAAGUGCACUAUCAGCAUGUGCACAGUCAAGCAAUUCAAAGUUGGGUAGAUCAAUUCACAGCCUUGGGAUUAAGCUUGGUUUAGAAGAUCAUACUGUGACAAAUGCUCUUGUAGAUAUGUAUUCAAAGUGUCGUUUGAUAAAAGAUGCUCAAUUUUUAUUUGAGAGGUUUUCUGAUAAGAAUUUGGUUGCUUAUAACUCAAUUAUCUCUGGGUAUUCCCUAAAUGGCUCUGCCUAUGAAGCGCUGAAAUUGUUUCAUCAAAUGAGAUUGGAAUAUGUGGUGCCAGAUGCAGUCACGUUGGUAACUGUCCUCUCGGCUUGUGCUUCCCUUGGUGCUCUCCCAGUUGGUUCCUCUCUUCAUGCUUACUCUUUAAAAGGAGGCCUAUUAUCAUCCAGUGUUUACGUUGGCACUUCACUUGUCAACUUUUAUGCAAAAUGUGGUGAUGCUGAAUCAGCGCGCAUAGUUUUUGAUGGGAUGAGAGAGAAGAACAGAAUCACGUGGGCAGCAAUGAUCGGUGGUUAUGGAAUGCAAGGGGAUUGCGAUGGUUCCAUUGCACUCUUUACUGAUAUGGUAAAGGAAAACUUGGAACCAAAUGACGUCAUCUUCACGAGUAUUUUAUCUGCUUGUAGUCACACAGGAAUGGUUGGAGAAGGGUUGACGUAUUUCAACUCAAUGUGCCAGAAAUACAAUUUUGUUCCAUCCAGAAAGCAUUAUGUAUGUAUUGUUGAUUUAUUGGCUCGUGCUGGUAGGCUUGAUGAAGCUUGGGAUUUUAUUGCAACUAUGCCAAUCAAACUGGAAGUGAGUUUAUUUGGAGCUUUCCUCAAUGGAUGCUAUCUCCAUUCGAGGUUUGACCUUGGGGAGGCGGCAACAAAGAGAAUGAUAGAGUUGCAUCCUGAUGAAGCUUGUUACUAUGUGCUCAUGUCCAACUUCUAUACUUCAAGUGGAAGGUGGAACCAAGCUAAUCAGGUAAGGGAGUUGAUGAAGAAACGAGGGUUGAUCAAAUCCCCUGGGCGUAGCCACGUAGAAAUGGAAAUCGAAGAAAAUUUUCCUCCUCUAAGAGUGGCAUCUCUUGCUUGAAAGUUGCAUGAUUCAUUCCAGAGGUUGAUUGGUACCCAACAUGAAAAAUUGUGAAGGAACCAAGUUGUAAAAGUUUAUCUUUGCCAUGGCUUGUGAUUGACGGAUUUUGGUUAUACAUGUUGGAGUGAAUUUGGAAGUGUAAAAACAUUUCGACUUGGAGUUGAUUUGUUGAUAUCAAGGUCAUUUGCUGCAGACUAA